UUGCUAAAGUUUUUUUAUAAAAUUACAACAUGAGGGUAGGUUAAUAAAAGGUACAGGAAGAUUAACACAAAGCACAAAGGUGUCGCCAUUUUUACAUCAGCCACGUGAAUAAUUUACAAAAGUAGUGCGCACAUGAUAUUUUUAAUUAUAGUAUGGCCACAGUCUACAUUAUACUCGCGUGGUUCGCAACAUGUGGCGCGCAGUUCAUAGACGAGCUGCAGGGCUACGAUCAGUCGUGUCUGGGGGAGGAGAAGUUCCAGUGCGCUGACGGCACCUGCAUCCCCCAGGAGCAAUACUGCGACUCCAGAGUCCAGUGUCUGGACGCCAGUGAUGAGAACUUCUGUCCUGACUAUGCGCCGAACCCGGAAUUCUGCAACUCCACGACACAUUUCCUCUGCUUGGACCAGAAGAAGUGCGUCCCCAAUACCUGGCUGUGCAACAAGCUGCCCGAUUGUGACGAUGGCAGCGACGAAGUGAACUGCACUAACACGGCACAACCUGCACAGAAUGCGACCUGCAAAGGCUUCUUCUGUGAUAAGACCAAGUGCAUAUCAGAGGUGUGGACCUGCGACGGGAGGUAUGACUGCGAGGAUCUGUCUGACGAGUCACAGGAUAUUUGCAAAGAACACAUAAGUCGCUUAAAAUAUCUGGACAUGGACCGCUGCAUGAGCGCUCAGAAAACCACAAAUGGAUUCGAGAAGCACUACCGUUGUAUCGACUCCUCAUUCUGUCUGCCUGCUGAGAUGAUGUGCGAUGGAAUGCCAGAUUGUAGAGACGGUAGCGAUGAGGGGACAUUUUGUAAAAACUGGCACACCGUAUGUUCCAGCAAUCCAUGUCACUUGAAUGCCAUGUGUGCCCCGGAGCGUUUCGGAUUUUCCUGCGUCUGCCCUCAACUCAGCCGACAAUCCUAUAACUAUACUACCAAUGUGUGCGAGGACGUUGACGAAUGUGCUCUAGUCAGGCCGUAUUGCUCCCAUAGCUGUUUCAACUUUCCAACUGGUUAUAAGUGCUAUUGCGACGAAGGAUACAUCAUUGACGAAACCACUCAUCUCUGUCAUGCUAAAGGACCUGAAGCUGUUCUAUUCUACAGCACAAAAAAUGAGAUUGGAUACGUGGGACUCAAGACGAAGAAACGAGUUACAUUAACCACGGGCAAUAAGCAGGCUCAUGGCGUAGCAUACGAUGGAAACUACAUAUACUGGGUAGAAACAGCACAAGGACAUCAAGCAAUAAUCAGAGCCCAUAUGGAAAACGUGGAGGAAACCACGGAAGUGCUUGUGAGUCUCGGCCUGGAAGACCCAGGAGACAUAGCCGUGGACUGGCUUGGAGGCCACAUCUACUUCAGCGACGCGGAGCGAGGCAUCAUAUCGGUUUGCAGAACUAACGGCUUCAUCUGUACCACACUGCCUGCCCCCACCAAGAAUCCGCGAUUUGUCACGCUGGAUGUUAAACAUGGAAAUAUGUUCUGGGGAGACUGGUUCGGCGUGCCCGUCAUUAUGAUGGCUCGGAUGGACGGCACCCAGUCUAAAGUGCUUGUGGACGGACUGUCAAGUUUCCCGACGGGGCUCACAGUCGACGUCCCCAACGGCAGACUUUACUACGUCGAUCGUACCAUCUACGUGGUGAAGAUUGAUAACAAGCAAGUUUAUUCCCUGUUCAAAGACCCCUUCAACCACCCAUACGCGAUCGCGGUAUUCGAAAACACAGUAUAUUGGAGCGACUGGACCUCACGCUCUAUCCAGACCAUGGACAAGUUAGUUCACAAUGAAGAUGUAAGGCGGCAACUGGUCACUAUGAAGGCUCCAGUUUUUGACAUGCACAUCUACCACCCAGUACUGAUCGACCGGAAAUUGAACCCGUGCUCGAACCACAACUGCUCCCACCUCUGUCUCGUCAGCACCCAGGUCACCUACACCUGCGCAUGUCCUGACGGGAUGAAGCUGGGACAUGAUACUGCCAAUUCAAACACGUGUUAUAACGUGGAGGGAUUCCGCCCUCAUUACCUGGUGGUGAGCUCGGGGAACAUGUUCACGAGAGUGCAAUACAACAGUAUGGGUAACCCAGAGACGCCCACUCACUUCGAUAUAGGCUGGGUGCAUGCCAUGGCUUACGACAGCCGCAGAGAUGCGCUAUACAUCUACGACGGUCAAAUCAAAACGAUCAACACUAUCAAUAUGACAGAUUUUCAAUUGGGCUUGACCCACCCUGUGCUCUACGACGGGUUGGGAGACGUCGUUGAUUUGGAUUAUGAUUUCGUCACAGACACACUAUACAUUUUGGACGCGGGGAGACGGUUCGUUGAAGUGGUUUCCUUAAAGAACAACCAGAGGGCGUUACUUUACAGGUUUAGAGAUGAAGAAAUACCGAUCAGCCUUUGCGUCAUGCCGGAUCACGGGAAAAUGCUCGUGGCGCUUCGAGAUAGCGUGUACAGCUCGAACAUACACAUCGACUCCAUAGGGCUGGACGGCAGCGCCAGGAAACCCCUCAUCAUGAACAAUUUGGCAGGGCCACACAUUCGUCUGAAAUACUCACGGGAAUCGGACACCGUAUAUCUUGCAGACGAGACGAACACUAUCAUAGAGUACAUGACUCCGGAAGGAAAAGGGCGGGAAAGGUUUAGAUCGCUGUCGACGACGGUGACGGGGCUGUCAGUGACUGACACGUACGUGUUUUGGACUGACAGACGCACACCCAGAGUGUUUUGGGCGGACGUGCAUGACGUCACACAUCGCGUCAGGCGGUUCGAAUUUUCUCUAUUCCCCAACGGAACACGACUUCACCUCCAAGCAACAGCAUCCCUUCCCAAUCCAAACAGCACUCUUAUGAACCAUCCUUGUUUAACUGCCAACUCGAUCUGCUCCGACAUCUGUGUUCAAACCCCCCACAACUACCCCACAGAAUCGAAACCCCUCCAAAUGGGAUACAGAUGUCUUUGCCCCCCGACCCUCCUCCUGGUUAACGGAGUGUGCACGAAAUUGAAGACUUGCAAUUUCGAACAAGAUUACUAUUGUUAUAAAAGCAAUGAAUGUGUUUUGAAGAAUAAAAGGUGCAAUGGUGCUAAAGAUUGCACGCAGGGGGAAGAUGAGGAAGGAUGCGACGUUAAAACAUUCGGCCAACAAGGAGACGAUAUCCAGUGUUCAGCAAAUGAGAUUCUUUGCAAAGGGAAAUGUAUAGACAACUAUUUCAAAUGUCCGCCAACAAAAAAGUACUUCCUAAAACCAGAAGCGUGUGAAAGAAACGAGUUUCAUUGUUGGAGCUCCGUUAUAUGUUUAGAUCGCUCUCAAGUAUGCAACAUGAAAGUGGAUUGUCCGUUUUCAAACGAUGAAAAUCCUGAAAUGUGCAAACACUGGAAAUGCCGGGAGACAGAAUUCAAGUGCGGAAUAGGGCAAUGUGUAAAUAAAACUGUUCGGUGCGACGGACAGCCUGACUGUAUUGACGGAACCGAUGAAGCUGAUUGCUACGCCAGAUUAUGCAGCGUGGGCUACUUCCAAUGUCUCAACCAAAACUGCGUCGAGGUCAGGAAACGUUGUAAUGGUGUUGACGAUUGCAUGGACAACUCUGACGAACAAAGUUGCGAAGAAAUCUUCCCAGAAAAGGAGGUCCCAGUGCCACAAUGCACGGAAAUGGAACACGCAUGCGAGUUAAACAAGAGUAUUUGCAUACCAGUCACUGCACGAUGCAACCUGAAAUUCGAUUGUCCUGGAGGCACCGAUGAGCAAGAAUGCGAUCAACUGUGCGCGCCUCGCGGCAUGUUCAAAUGCAAGCAGCAAACCAAAUGUCUGCACAGGGACAAAAUAUGUAACAGUGUGGAAGAUUGUAACGAUGGUUCAGAUGAAUUCCCUGAAGCGUGCCUUCUUGUAAAUCGUACGUCGUUAGUCAUUCAGCUGCCAUUGUUCCCUGUAGAGGAGUGUCCCACCGGCUUUCACUGUGCCGACAAAGAGUGUAUGGAGUGGAAUGUGGUCUGUGACAAGGAGCCCGAUUGCUUCGACGGCAGCGACGAGAACGGACAAUGUGAUGAAGCAUGUGCGAACAACACAUGCGAAUACGACUGCCAGCCGACGCCGUCCGGCCAGCGCUGUAACUGUCCACGCGGGCUCACGCUCAACGAUGACCUCCGGACUUGUGCGGACAUCGACGAGUGUGAUAUGGACCUCUGCUCCCAAUACUGCCACAACACCAAGGGCUCCUACCUGUGCUCCUGUUAUAAUGGAUAUACUUUGAGACCGGACCACCAUUCGUGCAAAGCGACAGCCGGCGACAUGGCCAUUGUCUACGUAGCAGGCAACACCGUGCGCUCGCUGGCGACUGUAGGAGAACCCUCAAUGCAGUUCUACCACCCGGCGCAUCCGAGCUCAGAGAAGAUUGCCUUCAUUGACAUUGAUGUCAGACGGAAGACGACUUUCGUGACAAUACCAAAUGCGCAAAAGAUGGUCGUUGUCACCGGCCCAAUGCAAGAAGUCUCCAUCAAAAAUAUAGGUGAACCAACCAAGGUUGCUGUGGACUGGGUAACGGGUAACGUGUACUUCGUGGAUCAAAAGGGAAGCUACGUCAGAGUGUGUGAUGCGAUUGCUAUGAAGUGUGCCAGACUACAGAAGUUACCGUUAGCUGCCCAAUCUAAGGUGACGGCAUUCGUCGUGGACCCAGGGUCCCGUCGCAUGUUUUACUGUAUAACUAACCGCGCGGGAUCUGAGUCCGUGCUGUGGACGGCGACGCUGACCGGGCGGGCGGUCGACGACAUCGCGGUGUUCGGGAACUGCUCCGGGCUGGCCUUGGACUCCUUCGGGAAGAGGCUCUACGUGGCCGAGGCUUCUCCUGUGCAGAUCAGCAGGGUCGACCUGGAUGGAAAGAAACAAAAAAAGGUAUUUUACGACCAAUCGCACCUCAAAGCCCCCCAAGGCCGCAUGGUUCUCUUCGAAGAUUGGAUCUACUUCAAAGUCGCGAAUUCCCACAAACUGAAUCGAUGCCAGCUCAACGACAAGAAACUCUGCGAGACCUACAUAUCCAGGAAUUUCGACGCAGACUCCUUCUUUAUAAAACACCCCAGCGCCCAACGAAACGACAUUCAGAAUCUGUGCCAGGGUAUCGAAUGCAACAACGUAUGCGCCUUGGACGACUCAGGCGCACACUGUCUGUGUCAUCAUGGAGAGAUGGCUAUCAGCGGAGAGUGUUAUGUGCCUGAUAUUAGUCAGUGGCCAGUUUUCUUCGGAGGGACCGAAAAGUAUUUUACAGAAGCCCGCAGAGUUACCUGGAUUGUGUUGUCAAUCAUUAUUGCAGUGUUUUUCAUAUGCGUCGCCGUCUACUGCUUUUAUAUCAAGUGCAUAAAGAAACGUUCGGAAAGACCAGAGCACCGAGUAAUAUAUCACAGUCCAAGAGUGGAGUUGGAACAGAGCGCGACACCGACACCGUCAUCGACACCGACACCGACACCGACUGAUUCCCGACCUGACACAGCCGUGCCCAGCGAUGACUUCGCCGAAGCGGGGCCGUCGACAGCACCUCAAUAUCAGGCACAUGCGCACAGACAAGAUUAUUCCAGCUUAAAUUAUAAGCGAUACAUGUUGAACUGGUUCCAGAGGAGAAGCAGGCCAAGUCAAAGUAUAAGAAGAGAAGCACGCGGCGUGAGAGUGUCCACCCCCCCGCCGCCGCCCUACCCGAGUCCCGCGGACCCGAACAGUGACAGAGAGCUGAUGAUGUCGUCCCCGCCCGGCUCAGCCUCGACGUCUACGCCUCCGCUGCGCUUCAAUGAGGUCGUAUCCGCAGAAUCUUCUAGAGAUUUCUCGACCAGAGUUCAACCUCCGACCCCAACCCUGGGGAUUCUCAACCCCAUAAUGUAUUUACUAAACGCUAGUCGCAGAAGCAGGUACAUUAUUCUUAGAAGGGCGUUCAGGCCUAAUCCGUCGGCCAGCGAUAACCCGAGCCCAGAUGAAGAGUCGGAGUCAAUUCAAAUUCUAUCGUCUCCGUCGGAAAUGCCGCGCACCACGUCAUCGUCCGGCAGAUUCCUGUCGCGGUCCUUGUCCGAUCUGGAUUCACGGGUGACGCCGUCUUUACCGUCCCGGACACUCUCGGACAUGCAGCCGCCCCUUUCGCCGGACAAUGCAUCUCGUUCGGCGCCAUCGUUGACGCCAGAAUCCCGGGACACUGGUUUUAGUAGCCAUUAAGCUUUGGAUCCCCGCGUCUGCAUUUCUACUUUUUCUUCUCUACUUCGCACGGUUUUCGGGUCGUUAUUUGAGUCAGACCAAGCACGAUACCUGACAUGAAGCCAGAACUUUCUGGGUUUGGCCGCUAGCAGCCGACGGAUUUGAUGAAAUUUGUUAAAAAAAUAGUUAAAAGGACGCCAUUUCACCUGUAAAAUUCUUUAGUUAAUAUAAGAACAAAUAAUAAAUAACAUUAAGAAAGACAACAAUAAUUUUGGUAUUUGAAGAAUUUUAUAGGUGUUGGCGCACUAAGCACCAACUACAAAAGGUCUGCGCCAUUCUGCUUAAGAUACCUGCAGCCGGCGCCGGUCGGUGCUAGAAGCAAUACCUAAAAAUAGGUAGUUUUUUAAGAUUUCAUUUUGAUAAUAAAUACACAAUGUACUUUUAACUUUCUAUGAAAUAGAAAGAAUAUAAUAUUUGACAAUAGAAUUUACGCAUGUACAUAUUUUGAAGCAAAUAUUUUUUAGUGUUUUAGUCCUGUAUUAAUUUUUAAUAUUACAUAUUGAUAAUUUUAAAUGAAUUUUGAAUAUUAUAAUAUAUUCGAUAAUUUUAAUAAUUGUAUUAUAUCAGUUUUGACCAGUUUUUUGUAAUGCAUUAUUUAAAGAUCAGUAAUAAAGAUUAUUCUGAAAACCAUAUUAUUUUUCUGUAUUAGAAUUAUGUUCUAGAGAAAAUAUAUUUAUGUGUUUCAAUUCUGUAAAAAUUGUAUAAUAUUUUAAUGAUCAUAUUAAGUAUACCUGUGGUAAUCAUGUUUUCAUAAUGCAGUAUUUUAAGACUGAUGAAAGUUUAAAGAAGUUACUAUGAAAAUCAUAGUAUUUUUUUCUUCUAUUGAACUUGGGAUUUAACUUCGUAAAUUUACAACUUUGUGUACAUAUUAAGUUCUGAAUCAAUAAAAAACAUUUCAAUAAAAAA